AUGCAGUGUGAAGUAACGGUGCACAUGAGCACGGCUCACACUUCUCUAGCAUCAGACGAAGACAAAAUGUUGCUCGGACUGAGUCUCUCCCAUAUUUUCCGGAUCCUGGAGAUCGUGUUCUGUGCGUUGGCACUGAUCAUCCCGAUGUUUCGUGGCCCCAUGUACAGUCCCUACGGGAUCUGGUGUGAGUUUGUGUGGGUGUUCGGCCUCGUCGUGGCUGUGGUGAUCUUGGUAUUCGAGAAGUGCCUGGUGGAUAAACCGGUGGAGACCUUUGUGCUGAAGCACUCCUGGGCUGAUCUCUCCUGUGGACUGAGCCUUCUGUCGUCUCUCAUGCUGUUGUCUGCAUGUCUCAUCUACUGCACUGUGUUUGUGUGCUCCAUAUGCAUCGCAGACAUUAUCUGUGCCAUCGCCUCUAUCCUGGCGUUCGGUGUGUAUGUGGUCGACGCCGUGAUGUUAAAACUCAAGUGUCCUGAAGGCUAUCUGUCCAGCGUACGAGGCAUCCUGCGCUUCAGCCAGGCGUUUGUGGCCUGCCUCAUCUUUACCGCGGUACACAGCUACUUCUUAGGGGUGGAAGAACAGUUCCGGCCUGGAGGUUUGAUCUGGUGCAUUCUGGUUUAUGUGGUGUGUUUCAUUCCAACUGUGGUGGUGAUCCCGUUACACCUGCAGAAGUGCGUGGAUCUGCUGCGAUUCUGCGGCCUCGAUAAGUUGGAGCUGGUGCUUGACAUAGUCGCCGUGGCUCUGUACAUCUCUGCUGCCAUCAUCUGGCCUCUGUUUGGGUAUAAAAACUAUAAUAGAGACACGUACCUCAUUUACCGCAUUCAUGACCUGAACCUGGUCACAGUCCUGACGUAUGUGAACCUGGGGCUUUACGUCGCAGACCUCAUUUGGACUUUGAUUGUACUUUGUAAAAAACGGUAG